UGGCGUUAUAAAUAUCCCGGUGCUGGAGCCCAGAUCCGCUCCAGUGUCCCCCCCUCUCUCUCACUCUCUCUCUUUCUCUCUCUCCUCCACUCCCUCUCUCUUUCCCGAGGCUAUGUCCACCCGGUGCAUGGAGAGGGACAGCGCCAGAAGCACGCAGUCGCUCGGGGGCUACAGAGCCCAGAACCAACCCUCCAAGAUGCACUUCGGACCCCCGCGGCUGGAAGCAUGAGCUUGUCCUUCUUCCUCUUCUUCUUCCUCUUCCUCAGCCACCUGAUCCUCAGCGCCUGGGCUCAAGGGGAAAAGCGCCUCGCCCCCAAAGGGCAACAGGGAGGACCCAUUGCCAGUGAUAGGAACCCAGGAGGCGUCAGCAGAAGCCGGAGCAUCGGGAGCAAUACCACGUCUUCUUCUUCUUCUUCUUCCUCGACCUCCAACGCCUCCUCCUCCUCUUCUUCUUCCUCCUCCUCCUCCUCUGCAGCGUCUCUGGGCACUCCUGGAAGCGGCUUGGAGCAAAGCAGUUUCCAGUGGAGCCCUUCGGGGCGGCGCACCGGCAGCCUCUACUGCAGAGUGGGCAUCGGAUUCCAUCUGCAGAUCUACCCCGAUGGCAAAGUCAACGGCUCCCACGAAGCCAAUCUGUUAAGUGUUUUGGAAAUAUUUGCUGUGUCUCAGGGGAUUGUAGGAAUACGAGGAGUUUUCAGCAACAAAUUUUUAGCGAUGUCAAAAAGGGGAAAACUUCAUGCAAGUGCCAAAUUUACAGAUGACUGCAAGUUCAGGGAAAGAUUUCAGGAAAACAGCUAUAAUACCUAUGCCUCAGCAAUACACAGAACUGAGAAAACGGGUCGUGAGUGGUAUGUGGCCCUGAACAAACGAGGGAAAGCAAAGAGAGGCUGCAGUCCUCGGGUGAAGCCCCAGCACAUCUCUACCCACUUCCUCCCAAGAUUCAAGCAAGUGGAGCAGCCAGAACUUUCUUUCACAGUUACUGUUCCUGAGAAGAAAAAGCCACCCAAUCCUAUUAAGCGAAAGGUCCCUCUUUCUGCACCUCGGAAAAGUCCCAACACAGUGAAAUACCGACUCAAAUUUCGCUUUGGAUAGCACUCACCUUGGCCUUUUGAGAAAUCAUACUUCUACUUUAGGAGGGUAUAAUCUUUAAAAACUCUGAAGAACAGUCUUUGGACACAGCUUCAGCUAGACUCGAUUGUA